CAGCUUGGUUGGUGGAUGCGAGAUGCUGAAACUGCAAGGCUGGAAGCCCAUUGCUGUCUUCUUGUCGCUGGCCUUGUGACCACCUCAGAAGUGACUGUCAACCUGGCCUGCUCUGAGCUGUGCUCACCAAAUCUCUGCUGUCACCUCCAUUUCCGAGGACAGUUCCUGCCAGGCCUUCGCCACCCACUGUCUUCCUUGACCCCAUUCCUGCGAUCACAGGUAUGCUUUGAUUGUGGUGCCAAAAACCCCAGCUGGGCAAGCAUAACCUAUGGGGUGUUUCUUUGCAUCGACUGCUCAGGAUCACACCGGUCACUUGGUGUUCACCUGAGUUUUAUUCGAUCUACAGAGCUGGACUCCAACUGGUCGUGGUUCCAGCUUCGAUGCAUGCAAGUGGGAGGAAAUGCCAACGCUUCGUCCUUUUUCCACCAGCACGGCUGUGCCACCAGCGACACCAACGCCAAGUACAACAGUCGCGCCGCCCAGCUCUACAGGGAAAAGGUCAAGUCGCUGGCAUCCCAGGCCACACGGAAACAUGGCACUGACCUGUGGCUUGACAGCUGUGUGCUUCCGCCUUCAUCCCCUCCACCGAGGGAGGAAGACUUUUUUGCCUCUCAUGUCUCUGCUGAGGGGAGCGGCUCAGCGUGGACAUCAGCACACCCGGAGCCAUCACUGCCAACACCUCGGGUCCUGGGAGCUGAUCCUGGUGGUCACGAAGGUGGCCCCAAUCAAGGACCGAGUGUGGAAGGACUCGGUGCCCCGGCAAAGCCUGCUUCAGAGGUUUCCUCUAUCAUAAAAAAGAAACCAAAUCAAGCUAAAAGAGGACUUGGGGCCAAAAAAGGAAGCUUGGGAGCCCAGAAACUGGCGAAUACAAGCUUUACCGAUAUCGAAAAGCAGGCCCAAGCAGUGGAUAGAAUGAAGGGGCAGGAGGACCUGCUGGCCAGGGCUGCGCCUAAGGAAGAGUCCAUUGUGUCGUCCUUACGAUUAGCCUAUAAGGAUCUUGAAAUCCAGAUGAAGAAGGAAGAAAAACCGAACGUGGGUGGCAAAAAGCAAGCCGAAACGGAGCGCCUCGGCAUGGGCCUGGGCAGCUGCAGGAGCGGCAUUUCCCAUUCGGUGACUUCAGAUAUGCAGACCAUAGAGCAGGAGUCUCCCACCCUGGCCAAGCCGAGAAAAAACUAUCAGGAGGACAAUGACGAUUCCUAUUUGACCUCCAGCUCCAGGUACUUCGAUGAUGCUGUGGAGCCGCGAGGCAGUUCCUUUGCGGACUGGGAUGACAGCUCCGAUUCCUACUGGAGAAAGGAAAGCAGCAGAGACACCGAGGCUGCUGGGAGGAGCACAGGUGCCUCCGACAGACCCGCUGCUCGCCGCAAGCCAGACUGCGCGCCCUUGGAAAGCACGGAUGAGGCCCAGAAGAAGUUUGGCAAUGUCAAGGCCAUUUCUUCAGACAUGUACUUUGGAAGGCAAGCCCAAGCCGACUACGAGACCAGAGCCCGCCUGGAGAGGCUUUCAGCCAGCUCCGCCAUCAGCUCGGCUGACCUGUUCGAGGAGCAGAGGAAACAGCCAGCAGGCAACUACACCCUGUCCAGCGUGCUGCCCAACGCCCCGGACAUGGCACAGUUCAAGCAGGGCGUGCGGUCGGUGGCUGGGAAGCUCUCGGUGUUCGCCAAUGGGGUCGUGACCUCCAUCCAGGAUCGCUACGGAUCUUAGUCCACUUCCUGAGAAGCUCCUCUCCCCGUGGCUUGGGGACCACGCACAGUGCCGGGAAGACAAGACCGUCAUGCACUUGGCCGCCUCCAUGUGGUAUACCCACUUCUCCACGUUAGUGUUUCUUCCGAGAUGUAGUGAAAGCUUUGUUGUUAUUUCCAGUUGACAUCACUUCCUUUUGCUGUGCCCCAGACACCCUUGCUCCAUCCCUGGAGUCUUCAGUGCCCAUAGUCGCUGCUCCCCGCUCCCGGAGUGGCAGCCUGUGUGGGGAGCAGAGGCCUCCAGGGACCAUCGGCCUGGGACCCCCGGGUCAGCAAAUGCCAUGUCGGCCUGAGAAUCCUUAUAACACCCACGUCUCGUAGAGGGGGGCUGAGGGAUUAAAAAAAGUAGACCAAAACCGGCUUUGACAGAUUUCCACAGAUCAAGGAGGUUUCGAAAUAAUGUUUAAAGUCAUCUGUCUCUUUGUAAAUUAUUUUGUACACUCUAUAAAUUUAAAAAUAUUUUCUAGUGAGUGCUUUUGACAAACCUUCCAUAUUGCCAAGGUGUUGCUGCUUUAAUCUGUGAGAAAUGCAAGCUGAGAACUCCCUGAGUGAGUUAAGUUAGUUAGUACCUGUACAGAACUGAGGUUGAAUAAGGCAAAAGGAAACAGCUUUAGAAAAUAAUUCAGAGUAUGGGAAAAUAGGAAUUCUAAUUGGGUGGUUUUAUUCUUUUUUAUCUUAAUCUUGGUUUU